GGGCCUGUGCCAGGGUGGCCGAUGCCCCAGGGCUGCCGGUAGCCAGGGGACCGGCUUUCCCAGGCCGGGACUCACAUAGGGUGGCUGCUGUGUCAGCGUGGUGGCAGAGCGAACAGCUGCAGCGGGGACCAUUCCGCCUUCCCUUGGGGGUUCAAAGCAGAUGGAUUUCCAAAAAGCUGCAGUUGAUUCAGUACAAACGGGAGCAGAAUGACAUCCAGCAUCGAGACGGAGUACGAAUCGGCGCUAUCCGAGGCACGGGAUGGAAAAACGACGCAGGUUUUGGUGAAGCUGCUGCUCCCUGUAACGCUGCGCUGCAGAUACAGGGGAUGGAUUUGCCCUCGGCCGAGUCCGUGGUGCCGCUUCCCAUCGCCGGCUCGGCUUGCGGGAUGAAGGACCUUUUGUUGGGAAAGAAAUUCCUAACGGAGUCUUCGUCUGGAUGGUUGGGUGCGGGUCUGGCAGAGAUGUCCCGGCUACAAGGAACGAUCUCAGCACACGAAGAAAACACCACUCUGGACUGGAGGGUAAGGAGAUUAUAAGGAUUAAACAAGAUGGAGAGAGACGCUUACAAUUAUUAUUAGCUUCCAAAUCUGCCCAACCAGAGCAGCAAGGCGCUGCCCAUCUGUUGUUUUACGUCCGCGCGGCCCUGAUGGUUUUGUUCCUGUCUGCACCUUAAACGUGAUGUUCUGGUACAACCUGACCGUAAAGCAACGCCACCAACAGCAAAACCCGAGACGGGCGAUGCAGCGGUGAAGCUGGCUGGGUGGAAGCAGCUGGGGGAGAAGAGCCCUGCGAAAACAGCUUGGAGAGAGCGAGCGAAAUGGCACCUGAAAGGCAGUGCUGUAACGGGAGAGAGGGCAGAGCCCGCGCCGCUGGGCAGAGACGAAAGGCAACACAGAGUUUUCUUAAGGAAAAUCUCAAAAAUGGUUAUGAUUAAGAACACAUUAAAUUGAGCUGAGCGGUAAUAUCACAUGAAGUGGUCGUGGCUUUUCGCACCGUUCAGAUCGACUCCCUUGGCAUUUGUGUUACAAAUUCCCUUACCCACCUCUGCCGUCACCUGACGGAGAGAUGUUGCUCAGGGCUGCCCCAGCAGCACAGGGCGUGAGAUGAGGGGGAUGGAGAGUCUGCCAGGAGCUUGCUUUAGGGGAUGGGAAGAGGAUGAAACCUUUUUCAAAGGAAAUGCAUAAGGAUGGAUUUUGCAGACUUUUUCCUAAGAAAUCCUCAUCUGAGCAAUGGGGCUAUUUUCUAGGGGAAGAUUUGCCUCUGAAAGGGAAGGAUGCUGGAGGCAGCGCAGUCUUGGAGGGUUGUAUGUAGGGGAGGGGGUGUAUGUGCAGGGGAAUAUGUGUGUAAACCAUUCCCGAGACAGGAAUUCGUCGCUGUUCUUCAGCUCACGAUAUUCAACUCUCUCACAACACAUAAACACGUCCACAUGGGUGCAAGGUGUGUCCAUCUAAGGCGCAUCGUCAGGGUGCCAAGCCCUAACGGUUAAUCCCAAGAGCCACGACACUAACAGCGGCAGCCAGCCUUCGGGGGAGCAGAGCAAGGGCAGCCCGAAAUCCCCGCGAUCCGGGAUGUGCCUGCAAACAUCCUCCAUCCUUUGGGUCGAACAAGGGGAAAAGUUUCAGCUGGAAAGGAAGGGGGACUUUCAGUGCCUGGAUGGUUUUUUUGGAUGCUGGGUUUUUUUAGGCAGGGCAGUUCAAAGUGUUGUCUCAAAAUGGAAUUUUGUGUUUUGUUUUGUUCCUGGUGAAUAAUUUAGAAGGUUUUUAAAAGCCCUAAGAAAAGACCAUUCUGAAAUGACCUUUGUCUUUUUCUUUCUCCCCAACGUUGCGGAAAACCUGAGUGAGCCUUGAUUGCGUUUGGGAGCUGUGUUUUGGCUCAGCCUGACGUGGAAACCUGCUCCUGGUGCAUUCGUAUCCAUGGGCUCGACAGGCAGAAGCAAAACGAGCAGCUCAAGUGACUGGAGCAAGAACCCCAUGCAGGGGAAUAGAGAGAGCUGAGCUGUAAUCCCGGUGAACAGAAGCCACAAGAGCAUCAGGGAAUGAGAAGACCGAAAAGAAACACUUAGCGAAGGUCAGCCACGACUGUUUACGUGGGAUAUACACAUGACAUGCCUGGUGCUGCGUUCCGACCGACGCUGAUCCCGGGCAUCCUGGUGUCGUGGUGAUGCUGGAGCCGGUCCCAUCUGCGCUCUCCGGGGAGCCCUUUGCACGGGUGACACCACGACUGCUGUGACCGAUCCCCCGGGGCCGAGCAGGUCCAUACACUCGUCGCAAUCAGCAGCAGCUCCUGGCUGAAUCCUGAGCUCCCGGAGAACUGGACGGACACCCGUGAGACGCUGCUGGAGGGGAUGCUCUUCAGCCUCAAGUACAUGGGCAUGACGCUGGUGGAGCAGCCCAAGGGAGAGGAGCUUUCCGCGGCCGCCGUCAAAAGGAUUGUUGCCACCGCAAAAGCAAGUGGAAAGAAACUGCAGAAAGUGACUCUGAAAGUCUCGCCCAGAGGGAUUGUGUUAAACGACAGUGGAACAAAUGAGCUGAUAGAGAACGUCUCCAUAUACAGGAUAUCCUACUGCACGGCAGACAAGAUCCACGAUAAAGUGUUUGCCUACAUUGCCCAGAACCAGCUCAAUGAGAACCUGGAGUGCCAUGCCUUCCUCUGUACCAAACGGAAAAUGGCGCAAGCAGUCACCCUCACCGUGGCCCAGGCCUUCAAAAUCGCGUUUGAGCUCUGGCAAGCAGCUAAGGAAGAGAAGGAGAAGCGGGAACGGUCCAUGUUGGAAGGAGAAGGGCCAAGCAGCCCCAGCUCGGAAGCCACUGCCCGCCCCGAUGCACCAGCAGCCACGGGGAACUUGCUGGAUUUAGAAGAUCCUGCCAAAUCGCCCCUGACCAGCAGCGCGAACUCCCCGCGCUUAGAUAACAGCAUGUUUGGGCCCAGCUCCUCUGUAAAUAACAACGUGGUGUGGGAAAUGGAUGAUGGUCUCGACGAGGCAUUUUCAAGACUGGCUCAGUCGAGGACAAACCCCCACGUCCUCGACACGGGACUGACGGCGCAGGACAUCCAGAGCGCAGAAACGCUCUCGCCUGUGGACUGGAACAAAAUAGAUCCCACCACAGGCGAGAAAGAUGAUCUCUUCAUGUUUUGAGGUCAAACGCGUCUAACGGCUGACAAGAGAAUAACCACUAGAAGUCCAUGGACUGAAUCGCGCUGUGCCGGGUGCUGUACGCAAGGGGCCCUUCCGAGGGCUCUUCACCAAGUCGGACGACGUUACGGCACAGUUUAGACCAAAGCUUUAGAAAUCUAAUGCAGAUUUUUGUACCGUGCUUUUAUCUAAACCACGAGAUGCUCUUGAACAUAUUUAUUCAUAGCCGUUACAGUUUACAUUUAUUAUUGGAAGGUGUGUAGAGCAUCUACAGUAUUAGGUGGCAAUAUACCGUCGAAGAACCUUCAGCAGUGCCUGUUCCUCUCUGAAAAAAGCCUAUGCAACGCCAAAGUCUCUCUGUUAUAUACUUUUCUAGACAAAGGUCUGCAGAUGCAAAUGCGAUGGCGAGCACAACUGUUCCUAAUCCGCUGUUUCUUGAACACCCCAUCCCCUGCCGAGGCAGGGCGAGGAGAUUCGCGGCAGCUGCCGACGGCGUUAAAAUCAAAGGGGUGGCAGAGAUCUUGCUUUUGUCAUGGAUGUCGGUGAUACUCUCACAGUUGUCAAUCACCCCGACGUGUUCUGGCUCUUCCUUCGCCGCCUUCGUAUGGGAAUUGACGCUUUUUUACCCAAAGACUCUAUGAAGUUUUGCACUUUAAAACUCGAGCUGAAAGCAAUGGUCCGGAUUGUCAAGGUAAGCAGUGCCUGUAACUUCUCUUCCGAAGCUAUUUACCCAAAAAACCCAACACCAACCCGGCAGGGCUGCAGAUCUGUUUCAAAACUGACUUCUCAACGUGCGCCGCUUCUCAUGCGCCUCCAAAUGCGAAGGCUCCGUUGGCGCUGUUGGCUUUAAAAGCAAAAACCACCGGGGAGGAACAAUCUGUUUCGCUAACACGGGUUGGAAGUUGCGGGGCGGGUGAACCCGGGGGCGCGAUGGAUCCGUGUUCCCGGCCCCGCGGAGCGGGUUGGGCUCUGCGUGCCCUUUCCCUGUCUCAGAACCGUUUGGUUGUUGCUCGCUCGAUGGACUCACGCGGAAUCGGAUUAGGCAAGACCAAUACCUGGAUGUUCAAUUAGCAAGAGGGGCCCCUUCCCGCAGCGUUCCCAUCCUUUCCCCCCCCACCCCCCGCCGACAGCCCAUCUCCCGGGAGCUGGGGAAGUGUCUUUAUCUGCUCCUGGAAUUGGAAAUAAGUAAUGGAGGUAUAAAGCUUAUGCUAAUUAAAAGAUUAAGUUUAAUGAUCCUAAAUAGGCGCACUGACAGUUUGCCGUGUUUGUGGCCUUACGUGAAGUAUACUAAUCUGUUUUAUAGAUUUGUAACUUCGUUUUGAAACACUAAUUCAUUCCCCAGGUAGCUCUUUAUAACUCUCUUCAAACUGCUUGCAGGAAAAAAAAAAAUAAAGGCCUCUUUGUCAGCUGUAAAGAAUUUAUUAGGAAACAGCUGAGUGACUCUAACUUAGAUUUGAUUUCCCCCCCCCCCCCCCAAGUGUUAUCGUGGUAAGGUGUCGAGGGCUUGUGAAGCUGAGUCAUCGUGUCUCUUAACAAAACGUCUGCUCUGUUUAUCCUGCAAAAGUGUGUUUAAAGCGAUUUUACAUCUCGAAACUACCGUGCCCGUGCCUUAUUUGAUCAUAGGGGUAGCAUCAGUCUCGCGAUUGAAGGAGUUAUUCAAAGUUUGUCGGUGCUACAGAGGCACGCGGCGGAGACGUGACCCUAUGGCAUAAAUAAUGCCAAAACGGGGCAGAAAUGGUUGCGGCGAGUGCCGCGUCCCGGCCCCGGCGAGGGGUGACUUUCCUUGGAAAGAGCUUGGGCUGCAGGAACGGACCGUGAGGAUUUCUCUGUCCGUCGACCUUCCUCCUUUUCUAGAAACUCCAGGAGCAUAUACUGAAAUGCACAAUACUAUAUAUGUAUGUAUAUAGUUUUUUAAGAAAACCUGCUGUAAAGAGGACCUGUACUGAGGAAAAUAAAACUUCUACCAUUUUUUGGA